AUGUACUUUGGCUCUAUCAUUCUCAGUAUAGUGUAUUUCGCUUAUGCUGCGUUGGCUUUCGUGGGUAGUGAGUCAAGGGUAUCCUUCAAGAAUCCCGAUCUACAGAAUAUUACGCUUCCCAAGAUCGAUAGUAGGUACGUGAAGUUAUCUAGUCCUAUUGUUGUUGAUGAGCUUCAUGAAGUUGUAACUGUUGAAUUCACUAUUUACAAUUCCAAACUUCCUGACCAGGCGACGGUAUUGGUAGGAUGCCUUGAAAAAUCGGUCGAGACGCAUAUUAGUCCAGAAAUUAAAAAGGCUAGUGGAAGCACUAUAUAUACAUUCAAGCUGGAGAUUGAUAGGCUGCCUGGGUCAUUGUUGCAUUUUUCUGCUAUUGAGAAUAUCCCAUUAACAGUUUCGUUGAUAUUGGCGGGCGAAGACAAGCGCUCGAAGAACCUAUUUAUCGAGUUGUUUGAUUUGAAGUUGAAUUUCACCCUAGAUGAUCGUCCAAGGUUACCAAAGAGAUUUGUUAGCUUAGAGGAUAUACAGCAUACAUUCAACAAAGCUCCUAAUACGGCACCUAGGUCGUAUGCAUUGUUGUUCUGCGUUGUGGUUUCUUUAUGCUUCGUCUAUAUUUUACUCACGUGGCUACACGUAUUUGGCGGUUCAAUUGAAAUGUCUAGUGGUUUAGAUUUAUUCUAUAAACUGGCAUUUGUUGGCUGUAUUGGAGCAGCAGAGCAUAUUUUCACCAAGUAUUACCUAGGCUCGGACAUUUUCACGACGUUGACACGCAUUUUGAUUCUUGGGGUUGUUAUGCCGUUUUUCGGAUCUAGAGUACUGCGUUACCUUUCGAGCAAAGAGUCUGUUGAAAACAGUAACAAGAAUUAA